GUUGGAUAAUUCUAGCAGGAUGAUUAAGGCGAUGUCAAACGCUAAAAACAACACAGAGGUCAAAACGAAAACCACCCGCAGUUGGAUCGAGAGCACAUUUCAGAAGCGCGAGUGCAAGUGCUUUGUGCCAAGCGCAAAGGACGAGCAUGUCUGUUGGUGCGGACUGAGCAAAGCAGCUCAUGGCGCGAACAUCCAAACGGCAACGCCAGGAGAAGCGUGGCUGCCCACCAGGCACACGCAGCCUGCCCCCACAGAUGCCUAUGGCACCGUGGAAUUCCAGGGCGGACCACAUCCUACUAAGGCUCAGUACGUUCGUCUAUCCCACGACACCAGGCCAGAGUUAAUAGUCCAGUUGCUAACUCGAGAAUGGGCACUCGACCGGCCGAAGCUCCUCAUCACCAUCCAAGGCGGCAAAGCUAACUUCGAUUUGCAACCAAAAUUGAAGAAAGUACUUAGAAAAGGCCUUUUGAGAGCUGCAAAAACAACCGGCGCUUGGAUAUUUACAGGAGGAACUAACACAGGUGUAACUCGUCAAGUUGGCGAUGCCUUGCAACUGGAGAGGUCUCAACGGGCCGGGCGAGUGGUCAGCAUUGGCAUAGCGCCCUGGGGCAUCGUAGAGGGCGCCAACGAGCUCAUAGGGAAGGGGCGGGACGUGCCGUACCAUGCUAUUGCUUCGCCGAGAUCAAAAUUAGCAGUGCUGAACAACCGUCAUGCAUAUUUUUUGUUAGUGGACAACGGUUCUGUCGGAAAAUAUGGCGCUGAGAUUGUACUACGCAGAAAGCUCGAGAAAUACAUCGCUGCACAGAAACUACAUCCUUACACACAUUCGUCGACGCCAGUGGUGUGCCUAGUGAUAGAAGGCGGUACGAACACAGUACGAGCAGUACUGGAAUACGUGACUGACACCCCUCCUGUACCAGUGGUGGUGUGCGAUGGCAGCGGGCGAGCAGCAGACCUUAUCGCUUUUGUACACAAAUAUGCUUCAGAGAGCGGAGAACAAUCCGUUCUGGAGUCGAUGCGAGAUUACCUGAUCGGCACCAUACAGAAGACCUUUGAAGUUGGUUUGCAGCAAGCUGAAUGUUUAUACGGCGAGCUAUUGCAGUGCACUAGGAAAAAGAACUUGAUAACAGUCUUCAGAAUACAAGAGCGAGCGGAAGGCGGCGAAGUCCAAGAGUUGGACCAGGUGAUUCUCACGGCCCUGUUCAGAGCUCAGCAUCUGUCGCCGAGUGAACAGCUGUCUUUGGCACUCACGUGGAACCGAGUCGACAUUGCACAAUCUGAAAUUUUCGUCUAUGGACAGGAAUGGCCCCCAGGAGCUCUCGACGAAGCCAUGAUGCAAGCCUUAGAACAUGACAGAAUAGACUUCGUCAAACUACUCCUAGAGAAUGGUGUCUCCAUGCGAAAAUUUCUCACAAUCCCCCGACUAGAAGAACUGUACAACACCAAGAGUGGACCUAGUAAUACUUUGAGAUACAUCUUGAGAGAUGUUAGACCGCAUUUGCCAAGAGGCUAUAUGCAUACUCUACAUGACAUCGGAUUGGUGAUUAAUAAACUUAUGGGGGGUGCUUAUAGGUGCUACUACACUAGGCGCAAGUUCCGUCCGAUUUACGCGAAAGUGAUGAACAAGAGUGUGAACGUACACCGCAACAGCGCGUCAUUUACACGUCACAACGCUGGAGGUCUUUCUCUCAUCACCGGAUUCAUGCCCGUCACGCAGGAAUUAGCGAUGUUCGAUUACCCGUUUAACGAAUUAUUGAUGUGGGCAGUUCUAACAAAAAGGCACCAAAUGGCUUUGCUCAUGUGGACGCAUGGAGAAGAAGCUCUAGCGAAGAGUUUGGUGGCCUGCAAACUGUACAAGGCCAUGGCUCACGAAGCUGCCGAAGAUGACAUGGAGACCGAAGUCUAUGAAGAGCUGAGGCAUUAUGGCAAGGAGUUUGAAACGAAAGCCCUGGAACUAUUAGACUACUGCUACCGCCAAGACGAUGAUCAAGCCCAACAACUCCUCACAUGUGAACUUCAAAAUUGGUCAGGCCAAACCUGCUUGAGCCUUGCUGUCGCCGCGAACCAUAGAGCGCUACUCGCCCAUCCCUGCUCGCAAAUAAUUCUGGCUGAUUUGUGGAUGGGUGGCCUUAGAACACGAAAAAACACAAAUUUGAAAGUAAUACUGAGUCUGCUGUGUCCACUCUACAUCCUACAACUCGAGUUCAAGUCCAAAGAGGAAUUGCAGCUCAUGCCACAAACCGAGGAGGAGCAUCUCGAAAACGAGAGUAUGGAAGAUGAUCGCAGCACAAAGGAUCCCAACGACGCUGAGCAGGCGUUGAUUGGCUCAGGGGCCGAAUGUGAAACACGAGUCGAUCAGAAUGGGAAGGUCGGUAAAAUCGGUUGGGAGCCUUUGUGGCCGGAGUACCACGCGCCAGAAGACAAACGAAUGAGACCUUUAAGACUGAGAAAGAAGAUUUAUGAGUUCUUCACGGCACCUAUUACCAAGUUUUGGGCUGAUUCGAUCGCCUACAUAUUGUUCCUACUAAUGUUCACGUACACAGUAUUAGUCAAAAUGGUGAUAGAACCGUCUUGGCCGGAGAUAUAUUCUAUUUGUUAUAUUUUAACCUUCCUAUGCGAGAAGAUAAGGGAAAUCGUCACGUCCGAACCAGUUGCUAUUAGACAUAAGUUCAGUGUGUGGGCAUGGAAUAUGUGGAACACAUACGACGCAGGCUUCAUAAUAUUCUUCCUGGUCGGUAUGACGUUGCGCCUACGUACCGCUUCGAUGGACAUCGGCCGCGUCAUCUACUGCGUUGAUAUAAUCUACUGGUAUUUAAGGAUACUCAAUAUUCUCGGCGUUAAUAAGUACUUAGGUCCUCUAGUCACGAUGAUGGGUAAGAUGGUGAAGAAUAUGAUAUACUUUGUGGUGCUAUUACUCGUUGUGCUAAUGUCAUUUGGUGUAGCACGACAAGCUAUACUGUAUCCGGAUAAGGAGGCUAGCUGGUAUCUCAUCAGGGAAGUAUUCUUCCAGCCAUACUUCAUGCUGUACGGCGAAGUGUUUGCGCCUGACAUAGACCCCGAAUGCGGCAAAGAUAUUCACCAGCCGAAAUGCGUGACUGGUCGUUGGAUCACACCAAUCGCCAUGACCGUGUAUCUACUCGUCGCCAACAUUCUUUUAAUAAAUUUGCUGAUCGCUGUCUUUAAUAAUAUAUUUAAUGAAGUCAAUGAAAUCUCGCAUCAGGUAUGGAUGUUUCAAAGAUUUACAGUGGUCAUGGAAUAUGAACAGAAGCCUGUACUGCCACCGCCUUUAAUUAUCUUCUGCCACAUCUAUGCUACUUGUAAAUGGAUCACUAGAAAUGUUAGCAAUCAGAGGUUACAGUAUGACAACGGACUGAAAUUAUUCUUGGAAAAGGAAGACAUGGAACGUUUGUAUGAUUUUGAAGAAGAAUGCGUCGAAGGGUAUUUUAGGGAACAGGAAGUUAAAUUAUCAAAUUCUAUAGAAGAAAGAGUGAGAAACACAACUGAUAGAGUAGAACAUAUCACGACCAAAAUGGAAGACUUAAACCAAAAAGCGAACUGUCAAAUACAGUCAGUGCAGGUGCUGUCUGACAGCGAUACGGGCGCAGCCCGAUUCGCCGUGCGGCCAGUGCAGGAGGAGGACGAGCACACCUCCCAGCCCUCCGAAGAUGAGCUACCACAGUCGGGACCGGAAGGUGCCGAAGCGAAAGAACCAGAGGCUGAUUCGAUCUCAACGUCUUCUGGAGGCAGUGAUGCCGGUCCCGACGUCACAGUGUUGAGGGCCCAACCACCCGUCACUCCUGCACGGCAGAAAUCUUCUGAUAGCAAUAGGACUGAGCCGAGUGAUGAGAAGAAAGUGCCAUCAACAACGGAUGACGCAUUCCUCCCCGAAAUACGUGACAUGCCAUCAGACAUUCAAAGUCGACCCCGCACUACCUCCGCUGGCACCAGACGAACGGCAAACACAAGACGGCGCUCAGAAGGCGGUAACGAAUGUGGCAUGGGCAGUCACUAUUCGACGCAGCAUCUCGCGCCUCGCAGGCAACACAGUCAGACCCACUCCGAACCCGACAACUCAGCCGUGGAUGCCAGCUCGCUUCACAAUUCGCAAACUGGUCAACAAUCAGGCUGGGAAGCGACGGGUGGGGCCACAGGCAUCCCAUCGGGUCGGUCGAGGGUCGGAGGAGCUCCAAGAUCGCUGCUCCUGGCAAUGCAUGAGUAUACCAGCAUCACUGAUGAACUGGAGACUGUGUACGGAUUGUUCUCUCCACCACAUACGCCAAGAACUCCGAUAACGUCUCGCCUACUGUCACCUCGCGCCGCGUCGCCGAGCGUGCGCCGGCGCCACGCCAGCGAGAUGUCCAACCCGGAGUUCGCGCUUUACAUGGAGAAGGAGCAUUUGCGAGGCGCCGAAGAAGAUGAUUACAUUAUUAUGGAGGAUUUGAUUCAGAGGCGAUACAGCGAGGACGGAGAAGGGCCUGAAGGCGGGGAGGAAGCUGAAGCGAGUGGCAUCAGCAUUUGCGUCUGUGUCAAUACGAGUGGAGAGCAACAGCAACAGCAGAAUCAACAGCAGCCCAGCCAGAGCAGUGGGUUGCUCACCGUCAGCGAUGGUAGGCGACUGGUGCAUCAGAGGCACUCACUGCGUAGAUCGUCAGCUAUAGAUAGCCGCGAACUGCCGUCACCUCUACAACCUCUCUUGGAUGAGGAUAACUGCGGUGAAGUCCUGCUGCCGGUGCCCAGACAGCCUUCUGCGGAAACCAACGCCUCAAGCGAGCUGUCCCUCUCGCACAUGGUGAGCGAGAACCUGCCCCCUCGACCCUCGAUAGUGUUGGACUCGUCGCAGCUGCCUCGCCAGCGUUCCACUGAACAGCAACCGCCGCAGCCGCAGCCGCCGGCGCCUGCGCGGCCUGAGACCAUGUGCUAGAAGGAUUGGUACCCAUCCAGGACCAACAGCUCCAUCAUAAAAAAUUCCAAGUAAUUUUUAAAUUACAAUAAAGUUAGGAAAACCAAAUAAUUAUGAAAAAUAUUAAAAUCAGUACUGACGACGAGUAUUAGCUUAUAUGUAUAAAUAGAAACACCAAAAAUUACUAAUAUAAUUAUACUGUUGAAGUUUUAAACAUUUUGAGGCAGUUUUCAUAAGCUGACGUAGUUUUCGUUGUACAAUUAGCUACAAAACUUAUUGAACAGACGUAAUCAUGGACGAGCAAAAAUGAAAUUACUUUCAACUUUCAAUGUCGCUGUGAAAUAACUUCGAUAAGUCAAUAAUUAAAAUAUAGUUAUAAUUAUUAAUACAAAGAUCCAACACUUAGAAAAAAUUCCUUCGAUCCGGCCGUAUUCGAACCGACGUUUUCUAGCA